AUGGUUACGUCAUAUGCAGUGGACUCUUUGCACAUCAAUGUCGGAGCUGGCGACAGCGCAAUCCAUCUGUUGGUGGAGAACCCUGAUGCGGACAAGCCAAAAGUGAUGCGAGCAUGUUUAAUUGAUGGCGGGAAACCUAAUAAAGAUCCCCCUCAAAAAAUCAGGGACACUAUCGAGAGGAUCGAAAAUGAAUAUGAUCUAUUUAAUCAUAAAUCCGACAAGGGCUAUAUGCGCUUUGAUAGUGUUGUUAUCACUCACUGGGACGACGACCAUUUUGGGGGCAUCGACCAGCUAAUCCAGGGCGAUUUUCAAAGCCAGUUCGAGUCAUUGAAGGAAAAGGAAAACAGAAACAAUGAAGACAAAGAUAUAUUAAAUUUACUUAAACAAUGCCAGUGCCGCUAUUUCCUAUAUGAUUCAAAUUCACGUGAUGAAAAUAAGUAUUGCCUUACAACACUUUACGCACCGUACUGGGAUGAGAAUGCAGAAAAUUUCGACACAGACGGCAAGAGGAAGGAGUCAGAUCCCAAGAAGUCAAAGCCCAACGAUAAGAUGGAUAACCCCAAGAACUUCAUAGGAUCUGAUAGCAGAUUCAGUUUCUGGUUCGUUCUUCGCAGGGGACAUGGGCCACUUACGAAUAAGGAGUGGAAAAAGGCGAACGUGAAGAUUAGCAAUCUAUGCAAUCUUCGCUAUGAGCCCAACCAAAUUAUAGGCACCAAUUUGUUUGACAACAGUCACCUGGAAAGCAAGAGGUACCAAGAAAUCGAUUCUAAAGAAAUGUUAGCCCGAGUGAUGGAAGGGACAAAAAUCGGAGAUGGACAAGUUCCUGUUGGCAUCUACUGCGUGUCAUCUAGAAACUGUGUCAUCGGGCCCGAGCCUGAGAAGAAGUCUAUUGGCUUCUCGUCCGAGGCCGAACCGGAUAUCGGUUCCUUUCUACUUGAUGACAAUGUGAAUAAGAAGAAUUACUGUUCUAUCGGUGCUAUUGUUUUAUGGACUCGGCCUGAGCCUACGGCCACGCACUACUUCGCUGGUGACUUGGGGUACAAGGCCGAGGAGAGGAUUGCAAAUUGGAUUGGGGGCCCCGUGACGAAUAUGAAAUUGAGGCAAGCAUCACUAAUAAAACAGCCACAUGCAUUGACUCUGACAAAAAGAAGUCACCAUGGAGAUGUCAAGUGUACUCCUAUUCGCAUGUUAGACAUGCUGUCCCCUGAAAAUAUCAUAAUCAGCGCAGGGGCUAUGCACUGUCAUCCUUCUUGGGGCACGCUUCUCUAUCUGAAUGCGUGGCUGAUGAAGAACAACAAUAAGGAACCUAAACCAGUCUAUGCGACCCGGUUUCCUUACUAUGCGCUCAUUAAUAUGGAAGGCAAAAAGAAACCAGGACACAAAACUAAACCAGGACGCAAAACAAAACCAGGACGCAAAACUAAACCAGGACACAAAACUAAACCAGGACGCAAAACUAAACCAGGACGCAAAUGCCCAGGAGGCGAUUACGCCAAAUUCGUCACGGGAGAAAAUAUACGCGAGGAUGAUAAGAUAAACCCGUUGGCUGAUUUUUGGGAUAAAUUAGAAGAACUAUAUAAGGAUUUGCCUAGCAUUACAAAAAGUAUACGGAGUCAAGCCAUAGCGUGGUAUGUUUCUCUUGCACCUAAAUUUCAGCAUAAGGAAAACGCCAGGCGCUGGCUUGUUGAUCAGCUUCAGAAGGCAUGGCGGUUCAACCUGAGCCGCAUGUUCCGAAACCCAUCAGGUAUCUCCGCCCAGCAGCCCUUGGACUUGGUUCUUUACAUAAAGAUCCGAUCAAAAAAAGAUGGAACGACAGGUCCUCAUAACCUCGUUACUGUCGUAAACGUAAAUGAAAUCGAGCAGCCAGAGGAUUCUAGCUACAGCAAACCGAGGAAAGCGGACAGAACCGCAAAUUCGAGCAAUAAUGGAAACCAUCCUAUGCUCAAUGUUGACAUCACAGAUGACUUGCUCACUGAGAAUGAAGAAGAUAUCUCUGAAGAAGAUAUCCCUGAAGAAGAUAUCCACGAAAAAGAUAUCUCUGAAGAAGAUUUCCCUGAAGAAGAUAUCCACGAAGAAGAUAUCCCUGAAGAAGAUAUCUUGUCUAAUCAAGCUCAAGUUCAAUAUCCGGGCUUUUACUCGCCAGUUAAGGCAUAUCAAAAAUAUAAUCUGCUCUGUUCUAUAAACCCCUUCGAUAAACCUGGUCCCUGCAUAGAUGAUGGGUAUUGGCUAGGAUCCAUACCAGGUGAUGGUGUCACAAUAAUUUCUGAUAAAGGUCUCAAAGAAUUUGUGGACAGGCUUCCCUACAAGAGGUUUGGACUCAUAAAAAAGCCCGAGGCAAACUCUCGAACACCGUUUCUGCAAAACGAAGAGUGGAACUGUUGGUUUGCUGACGUUUUCUCCUCUACUGUGCAUCUGGACAUUGUGGCGGAGAGUGAAGGGAAGCCAUCAGCUUUUCUCUUUGCAACGAGGUCGCCUGGUGGGAGUACAUUGACCUUCGACACACGAGCAGUAUGCAAAGCAUUCAAUAUAUGCCAAGGCACUGUGCCAAAUAUGGGAAUAAUUGAUCAGGCGAACACUAUGGUCUUUGGAUUUGACCCCGAUGGUGAAGAUGAUUUCGACAAACGAUCCACAUUCGAGGAGCAGGCCAUCACUGCCAAAUUAUCCGACAUCCUGAAAUAUGUGGAUUUGGAAAGAAUUGCCGAAAAUCCUCUUAUUAAUAAACUUGGCACGGAAAAGACACUGUCCCUGUCCACCAAGGAUGGUUCCCGAAACGCUGUUUGGUUUGAACCGGCUAGUGCAUAUCAAGUGACCCAGCGCCUACAAUGGUGCGUAGAUUCAAGCCCUCUGCACCAACUUAUGCAAGAUUGUGGCAUCAAACUUGAGCUUGAGGAUGUCAUGAUCGUCACCACUCGCACUACAUCGUGGCGGCCCGGUCCUGAAAUGGUGUCAAAAGGCAUGCUCAUUCUUCAGGCGACUGUGAAAGUCCCCAGUUCAGAGCUGGCCCUCAUAUGUUCCAUCAGCCUCAGUAACGACGGGCUUACCCUAUUAGUAAGCGCGACCAAGUCCAGCUGGAAUGCCUUUGUCGCUUGGCUGGGACGUGUUCUCGAAAGCAUCGACCUUUCGCCUGUAUCUAGAGCACUGGAAGGUUUAGAUUUUAUUGGAGAUGUGUUCACACCAAGGCGUCUAUCGCUAAGCGUUCGUCAGGCCGAUGGCAAGACCUCACUACAGGGUUGGAUGGUGGAUGUGGAGAUAUCCAUCAAGUCUGUACCUAUUCUAAUAUCCUACAGCAGCUCUACCGGUCGGCUGAUCGGUCAGCUCUGGCUCGCAUCGACGCAAACAUCGAAAGAGCUGUUGCCUGGAUGGGAGCCGAGCGAGUUUCUCGAUCCUCUGACAGAAAAUCCAGAAUCUGAGCUGAAGUUAUCUGAACUGGGCAUUGAUGAGAAAAGCAUACCGGGCGGCAUCCCCAAUACGAUUCGACAAGCCAGGAUCGAAAUAGAUACGCAGACAAAGGCCAUCAGAAUGUCCGCCAUCAUCUUCUGUGAACCUCCCGCCCCAGGUCAAGCAGUUCCUCCUAUUUCGCUAGAUGUGGUGGAACUUGAAGCAAGCUAUUCAAGGACAGACAAAUUGUCGGUUUUGUUGUUUCUGGCCGCUUCCUUGAACAAUCGACAAACUCCAGAAAGUGACAACGAUGAUGAAGAACCUGAUGAUGAAAGCUAUGAGGCCACGCUAGAUGGUACUAUCGAGUAUAACGGCAGCAACAAGACUUGGAGUUUAUCGGGAUCUGUCACAGCGCUGAACUUCGGCUCUCUCUACCAACUUCUAGACCCCAGUGCUCAGGACGACGUUGCCGCAGUCCUGGGUUACCUUGAGAUAGCGAAUCUGGACCUAAAUUACAGCUACGAAGGGGGCAAAGGCAGCAAGUUUGAGCUCUCUGGAACGCUCUACCUUGGAAAUGUUGCGCUCUCCAUGAAAUACACUUACGACACUACGGGAUGGUAUUUAUCGGCUGACCUUGAUGCCACGGAGUUAUCCGACCCCUUAACAUUGGGAGACAUCCUCGACAGUCUCACCGACAACCACGGCGACGAUGCGGAGGCGCUACCGGACUUUAUCCUCAGUUUGCCCAUAAAGAAAGGGCCCAGCGACAAGAUAAUCAGCCUUAGCUGUGUCAAGCUGUCCAAGGGAACAGGUCAAGUUGCAGCUACCCAAGCCGAUCGCAAGGAGAGCUAUAUCCUCUUCCAAGCCACUGUUAGCAUUGGACCCAUUAAUGUGAACUUCUCACACUACCGCGACCUCGCUCUGAACCCCAAAAGUCCUCCCAAGCGGGUAUUUAGUGUUUCUAUGGGUGGACUCCCGAAGCUCACGGUAGACACGCUGGGUGAUCUCCCACAACCCUUCGACGAGAUUGCGUACCUCUGGGUUCAGGACAAGGGUCAGAAAGGUAACAAUACUGGAUUAACCCAGGAAGACAUUGAACGCAUCAAUAAUGGCAGACCCAACCAGCCGAGCGAAGACUGGCUCUUUUAUCGAGAUACGAGGAAGCCUGAACAACGGAAUCCUACGGACACGGUACUUCCGGCAGGGUCCCAUUUUAUGGUAAUAAUGCAAUCGGCAAAUCAGAAACAAGCGAUCCUUGAUUAUACCAUGGGUAGGGAAAAGAAGGGUAGUGUUCCUGCUUGUGGACAGGCAGUCGCUGCGACUGGUGGGAGCAGUAAAGGCAACUCGGCAAUGGCCGCGUACAAGAAGGUGGCAGGCGCAAUAUCGAUAAGCGGUGUUGGUAUCAAGUAUGAGAAUAAGAGCCUUUCCGUCCUGCUGGAUGCAUCGUUCGUAUUGGGCCCCAUCGGAUUCACAUUCAUUGGGGCUGCCAUCAAGAUUGAUCUAAGCAAAAACACACUUCGGGAUAUAACACUUGACAAUGUUAGCUUUGGAUUGUCUGGCCUAGCUGUCGCGUUCAACCAAUCACCUGUCCGCAUUGGAGGAAUAUUCGUGCAGCGGACUCAGGGUAAUAUACAAUAUUACGCAGGAGGUAUCGUGAUUGGCCUCGAGCCCUACCAAUUCGUUGCUGCUGGAAUUUACGGGAAAGUGAAUGAACAAGUCAAAUACGACACUGCAUUUGUAUUCGCCAAAUUGGAGGGCCCGCUCAUCACACUCGAGUUUGCCGAGAUAUCUGGUAUCACUGGUGGGUUCGGGUACAACAGCGAAAUCAAACUACCAACCGUUGAAACGGUCCGCGAGUUCCCGUUCCUCCAAGGCACAGAUAUUAGUGACGACUUACUCGAGUACCUCGGCAAACUGGUAGUCGACGGUAGUGGAGCUUUCGCCAUUCGCAAGGGAGCCAUGUGGUUCGCGGCAGGCCUCAAGAUCAGUGCGCUGCAGAUGCUCGACAUCGACGCCGUCUUUGUGGUUUCAUGGGACCCUUCGAUUACACUCGGAAUCUUUGGUGUUGCUGUGGCAAAUAUCCCCAAGACCAAAGGGUCCAAAACAACAUUUGCACACGUCGAACUCGGAAUCCUGGCGGAGAUUGACUUCGGUGCGGGUGUGUUCAAGGUUGAAAUGCAACUUGCUCCGAGCUCCUACAUCUUUGACCCCAACUGCCGUCUGACAGGAGGAUUUGCCUUCUUGUAUUGGUUCAAUGACAACGUUCCAGAGCGUAGGGGCGAAUGGGUGCUUACUAUCGGAGGAUAUCACCGGUCCUUCCAACGACCCGUGUACUACCCGACCCCCCCGCGACUAGGAAUACAAUGGCAGGUGGGAUCCAACAUCAGUAUCGUGGGUGAGGCGUACUUCGCCGUGACUCCGAAAUGUUGCAUGGGAGGGGGACGAUUGCAGGCAUCAUUAACGGUUGGCCCUCUGAGGGCCUGGUUCUCGGCCUGGGCUGACUUCCUUAUCAAUUAUAUGCCAUUCGACUUCAUCGGACAAGUUGGUGUAUCAGUUGGCGUUAGCUGCAAGGUUGAUCUCUUGAUUACAAGCUUUACAGUGUCGGUUGAAGUCGGCGCCCAGUUGGACCUCAUGGGGCCACCACUGCACGGUCAGGUCAAGGUGGACUUCUGGGUUGUGUCAUUCAGCGUCAACUUCGGAGAACCUGCCGAGCGAGACAGCCCACCAUCCUUAGACCAGUUCUAUGAUAUGGUGGUUGUAUCAGGACACGAGUCGAUCGUCACAUCGUUGGCGGUUGCUGCAGCUCCCAGUUUACAGGAGAAGAACGAAGAUAACCCACACGUCUUCACGUGCCGUGGGGGCAUGGUCCAAGACGAGAACAAAGGAGAUCAAGUGAUUUCCAGAGAGAAGACUGCCUGGGCUGUCAAGGCUGACGAGUUUGUGUUCGCCAUCGACGUUCGGUUUCCCUUGACCCACGCCAAGGUGAAACGACCCAAAGAAUUUGGAGAAAACUCAGAGGUGCCAGAAUGGGAAUCCAAAGAGCAAGAAGCUCUCUACGGAAAGCCCAUGGAGACCAAGAGUGCUAUUGUGUCAAGUCUCACUGUAGAUAUUAUUCCUAUGGAGUCCGAAUCCGUCCUGAUGGAGGAUGACAAGCUCACUAGCGAGAACUGGCGGGUCACAGAAAUCGUGAAGGACGUGCCCUCGGCCUUGUGGGGAGAAUAUAAUGCAUCAGAAAAUCCGCGCAAGACCGGAAAGAAUGACAUCCAGUCUUUAUUAGAUGGCAAAAAGGGCACUCUUUCCAAACUGGUGGGACUGUCAAUUCAACCCCCAAAGCCCAAGUUAGCAGAUGAUAAGAUUGGCACAUUUGUUGCCGCCAAAGCGAUGGAGAUGGCUGUCUUUACGGAGAAUGAGACGCCCAAGUUUGUCGGUAUCAAAGAUGCCGAUGCUAAUUUCUACCCCUCCGACGAGCCUGAUCGGAGCGACAAGGUUAAAAAGAUCUGGAGAGAAACUCUUUGCAGCGCCAGAAAGGAUAUUCUCAAUGGCCUGGCUGGGGGUUUAGGCUGGAAGACAAGUCUAACGGCCGCGACGCCGCAACGACUAGUUGCCGAGUUUGGGAGUUUUUACAUGGAGGAUCCGCAGAUUUCUUGCCGCUGA